AUGUUACUGCAGAUGUGAGGUUAUGACAUUGUAUUGUUCUCCUCAACAGACACCUAGGCCUGGACCUCGUACCCAGGAAGGAGUUUGAGAUGGUUGAUGCAGACCAGAUCAGCGUCUCAGACUUAUACAAAAUGGUAGGUACCAUUGACCACUGUAGAGACUUAAACAAAAUGGCAGACCAGUGACCACUGUUGACACUUAAACAAAAUGCUAGGUACCACUUACCACUUUAGAGACUUAAACAAAAUGGUAGGUACCACUGACCACUGUAGAGACUUACACAAAAUGGCAGACCAGUGACCACUGUAGAGAGUUAAACAAAAUGGCAGACCAGUGACCACUGUAGAGACUUAAACAAAAUGGCAGACCAGUGGCCACUGUAGAGAGUUAAACAAAAUGGCAGACCAGUGACCACUGUAGAGACUUACACAAAAUGGCAGACCAGUGACCACUGUAGAGACUUAAACAAAAUGGUCGGUACCACUGACCACUGUGGAGACUUAAACAAAAUGGUAGGUACCACUGACCACUGAACUGUAAUAUGUAGUUGUUUUUUCUUACUGACUAAGUCGCUCUGGAAAAGGGCGUCUGCUAAUUAACCAAAAUGUAAAUGUUAUACAAAAUGGUUGGUACCACUGGACUGUACGUAUAUUUAUUUUAUUUUACCCUUAUUUUACCAGGUGACUGAGAACACAUUCUCAUUUACAGCAACGACCUGGGGAAUAGUUACAGGGGAGAGGAGGGGGGAUGAGUGUGCCAAUUGGAAGCUGGGGAUGAUUAGGGGGCCAUGGUGGUAUGAAGGCCAGAUGGGGAAUUUAGCCAGGAGACUGGGGGGAGGGGCGUGUAUGGUCGCACACGAGUCAUGCCUGUUGCCGGUGUAUGGAAUAUGCAGAAACCAGGCUGUGCUUAGAAAAUAGAUAUUUAGUAUAUUUAGUCUAAAUUCAGUGUAGCCAUAACAACAGCUAAACUAGAACAGUUACAGUAGGCCUAAUGGUGUUGUCUGAGCUCUAGAACAGGUACAGUAGGCCUAAUGGUGUUGUCUGAGCUCUAGAACAGUUACAGUAGGCCUAAUGGUGUUGUUUGAGCUCUAGAACAGGUACAGUAGACCUAAUGGUGUUGUCUGAGCUCUAGAACAGUUACAGUAGGCCUAAUGGUGUUGUCUGAGCUCUAGAACAGGUACAGUAGACCUAAUGGUGUUGUCUGAGCUCUAGAACAGGUACAGUAGGCCUAAUGGUGUUGUCUGAGCUUUUAAAAAAUAACAGUAAACAUUACACUCACAAAGGUUACAAAAGAAUAAAGAAAUGUCACAUGUCAACAGGUCACAAAUCUUGCAGCUGUGAUGGCACACUGUGGUAUUUCACCCAAUAGAUAUUAGAGUUUAACAAAAUUGGAUUUGUUUUCAAAUUCUUUGUGUGUCUGUGUAAUCUGAGGGAAGUAUGUGUGUCUAAUAUGGUCAUACAUUUGGCAGGAAGUUAGGAAGUGCAGCUCAGUUUCCUCUCUCAAUAGCAAGGCUAUGCUCACUGUACAUAGUCAAAGCUUUCCUUGAUUUUGGGUCAGUCACAGUGGUCAGGUAUUCUGCCACUGUGUACUCUCUGUUUAGGGCCAAAUAGCAUUCUAGUUUUUUUGUUAAUACUUUCCAAUGUGUCAAAUAAUUCUCUUUUUGUUUUCUCAUGAUUUGGUUGGGUCUAAUUGUUUUGCUGUCCUGGGGCUCUGUGGGGUCUGUUUGUGUUUGUGAACAGAGCCCCAGGACCAGCUUGCUUAGGGGACUCUUCUCCAAGUUCAUCUCUCUGUAGGUGAUAAUUAGCGGGUAUCGGCCUAAUUCUGCUCUGCAUGCAUUAUUUUGGGUUUUACGUUGUACGCUGAGGAUAUUUUAGCAUAAUUCUGCAUGCAGAGUCUCAAUUUGGUGUUUGUCCCAUUUUGUGAAUUCUUGGUUGGUGAGCGGACCCCAGACCUCACAACCAUAAAGGGCAAUGGGUUCUAUAACUGAUUCAAGUAUUUUUAGCCAGAUCCUAAUUGGUAUGUCGAAUUGUAUGUUCCUUUUGAUGGCAUAGCUCUCUCUCUCUCUCUCUCUUCUGUUCUCUCUCUCUCUUGUUGCUGCAGCAUCUGUCCAGCAGACACAGUGUCCAGCAAAGCACAACCCAGGUAAAGCAUACUCUCAGCAGUUGCUAUCACACACUGUCAGUACUGCAUGACAAUUACGAUCACCAUGUGGAACUGUGCCAAUGCCAAUGUUUAUUGUUCGUCAGAUAUUAAGCGGGAGUAUUAUCAUAUCACAUGACAUUAUGCAGGCCCUCAGCUAACCCAACUGGUGACGAAGACCCAGCUUGGCCUACAGAAGAGGCCGUUGCCCUGCUAACAACAUGACAGGAGACGUAACCUCCGUGGCUUUGUUUUUGUGUCUCGUCCCCACAGGGUGACCGUGUGCGCCAGGGCCCCGGUGUAGAGCCCUGUCGUAUCCCCGUACCUCACCACCUGUUCGUCAGCCUGAAGAGCUUCACCUACAACACCAUGGGUGAAGACACAGACGUCUUCUUCUCCCUCUACGACCUCAGGGAGGGGAAACAGAUCAGGUGAAGAGAGGCUACAAUAGAAAUGCUACAAUAAAGCUGAGACUAGAAUGCUGGUGGUUUGGGUCUGUUUAACACAGACAUCUUCUCUCUACGAUCUCAGGGAGGGGAAUCGGAUCAGGGAUUCUAGGGUUUCUAGGUGUGUGACAUAGCUGGUUGGAUAAACUACCAUUAGGCUUUAGCUCAGCGGGCUAACACAGCAAGCAUGUCAGGUGGGCGGGAUUGCUACAGUUUCCACAGCAGUGUGCUAGAAUGCUAGUGGUUGUGGUCUGUUCACGGAUCACCCGGGGACCUGUUCAGCUCGUUCCCUAAUCACAUGUACUAUAUGACCUGAAGGAGGGCAAGCAGAUCGGGUGGAGUGGAAAUAUGGUAAGGUUAUAGAACACUGCAUCCUGUCUCUGUUCCUAUAACCUGCAUUCAGAAUAGAAAAACACGUGCUCCAGUUUGGAUUCUUUGCGGAUGAAAAUAGGUGUUUACAUUUGGAUUGAUUUCAUUUAUUCUAUAAAUAUAUUUUGAGGUUUACAUUACCAACAGUUAAGGACUUUGCUUUCGUUAAGAACGUCAUUACCUGUCAAUUAGUCCUUGAUGUUGAACCAGCCGUACAGUAAUGCACUAAUUAAUUAUCUAUAGCUUUGUUAAUGAGUGAUAAAUAAUGUGUUGUUGUUUUAAUUAUCGUAAAACACAAUGAAUAGCUAAUUAAUAUAAUGACACUGAUGUAGGGCAGGUUUUGUGUGUGUGUGAACAGUUUGUGUGUGUGGAGGGUUUGUAUGUGUGCAGUAGUUACCAAGGAGACUUUGUUACCAAGGAGACUUCGUAACCAAGGAGUCUUCGUUACAAAGGAGGCAUAUUGAAAUAAAUUUGGGCUGAAGUAUAUCUUUCCUUGUCAAAUAUCUAUCAUCUCACCUCGCCAGGCAGUCCCUCCCACUCACAACCUGUCCAUGAGUUUCAAGUUUUAUUAGUUGUAUGUACAGGAUACACAUGGUAUACAUCGUCCAACGAAGUGCUUACUUGCACGUUCCUUCUCGACAAUGCAACAACCAUAAGAAAUAAUUAUAAACAUUUUAGCAUAAGUAUACUGAACAAAAAUAUGAACGCAACAUGCAACAAUUUCAAAUAUUUUACUGAGUUACAGUUCAUAUAAGGAAAUCAGUCAAUUGAAAUACAUUCUUUAGACCCUAAUCUAUGUAUUUCACAUGACUGGGAAUACAGAUAUGCAUUUGUUGGUCACAGAUACCAAAAAAAAGGAAGGGGCGUGGAUCAGAAAACCAGUCAGUAUCUGGUGUGACCACUAUUUACCUCAAGCAGCGCAACACAUCUCCUUCGCAUAGAGUUGAUCAGGCUGUUGAUUGUGGCCUGUGGAAUGUUGUCCCACUCCUCUUCAAUGACUGUGCGAAGUUGUUGGAUAUUGGCGGGAACUGGAACAUGCUGUCGUACGCGUCGAUCCAGAGCACCCCAAACAUGCUCAAUGGGUGACACGUCUGUUGAGUAGCAGAACUGUGACAUUUUAAAAGUAAUUGAAGUAUAAAUUACAAAAUGUUUGAUACAUUGCCAUAGAUUUUCUAUUAUUUACCAAAAUUACUGAAGACUCCGGUAACUUUGGUAAAUUACUGGUAGCUUUGCAACCAUAGCUAGUACACUCUUUCCCUUUUGUGAGUGAAUAGGUUCGUGUGUGGGUAUCAUACCUGUGUAGUUCUCAGCCUGGAGGUGCAUGCAGUAUUACCUGUGUAGUUCUCAGCCUGGAGGUGGAUGCAGUAUUACCUGUGUAGUUCUCAGCCUGGAGGUGCAUGCAGUAUUACCUGUGUAGUUCUCAGCCUGGAGGUGCAUGCAGUAUUACCUGUGUAGUUCUCAGCCUGGAGGUGCAGGCCACACAGCUUGUGGAUGCAGUAUUACCUGUGUAGUUCUCAGCCUGGAGGUGGAUGCAGUAUUACCUGUGUAGUUCUCAGCCUGGAGGUGCAGGUCACACAGCUUGUGGAUGCAGUAUUACCUGUGUAGUUCUCAGCCUGGAGGUGCAUGCAGUAUUACCUGUGUAGUUCUCAGCCUGGAGGUGCAUGCAGUAUUACCUGUGUAGUUCUCAGCCUGGAGGUGCAGGCAGUAUUACCUGUGUAGUUCUCAGCCUGGAGGUGCAUGCAGUAUUACCUGUGUAGUUCUCAGCCUGGAGGUGCAGGCAGUAUUACCUGUGUAGUUCUCAGCCUGGAGGUGCAUGCAGUAUUACCUGUGUAGUUCUCAGCCUGGAGGUGCAGGCCACACAGCUUGUGGAUGCAGUAUUACCUGUGUAGUUCUCAGCCUGGAGGUGGAUGCAGUAUUACCUGUGUAGUUCUCAGCCUGGAGGUGCAUGUAGUAUUACCUGUGUAGUUCUCAGCCUGGAGGUGCAUGUCACACAGCUUGUGGAUGCAGUAUUACCUGUGUAGUUCUCAGCCUGGAGGUGGAUGCAGUAUUACCUGUGUAGUUCUCAGCCUGGAGGUGCAUGCAGUAUUACCUGUGUAGUUCUCAGCCUGGAGGUGCAUGCAGUAUUACCUGUGUAGUUCUCAGCCUGGAGGUGCAUGCAGUAUUACCUGUGUAGUUCUCAGCCUGGAGGUGCAUGCAGUAUUACCUGUGUAGUUCUCAGCCUGGAGGUGCGUGCAGUAUUACCUGUGUAGUUCUCCAGUGAACCCAGAUUCAGUUGUUAUUAAAACAAUAUCUCCAGACUCUCCAGUGAACCCAUAUUCAAUUAUUAAUAAUCGUCCUGGUAGCCCACAGCUUCAAUAUUCUCUAAAACUAAAGUAUCUUUUUAGUUUUAGAGACUGA